AUGGCCCCCGCAGUAUUUGUUCACCUAACCAUUCUGACUGCGAUCGUAACCGCUAUAAUCACCGCUAUCCCAACAGCCGCUAUUCGUCUCCCCGUCACUCGACCGGCAAAUCGCAGCCCGUAUUCGAGCCGUGACGUACACAUUCAGGAUGACGAUGACGAUGACGAUGACAGCGACGGAGCAGAGCACCCGAGUCAGGAAUCUCCUCUGCCGGAAGCCGAAGAGAGCGAGAUUGACAGUGUGGAUGAGGAGGAUGACCCAGGGGACUCGGAGCAGUUGGACGGCGCUGCGCCGAUUAACCGCACCAACGCCGACCCCGGACACGCGGACGACGAGUCAGAGGACGGGGAAAGCGGAAAUUCCCCAUCGCCUCCGUCUGCGCCUUCGCCUCCGCCAGUGGACCUGGCGGAGCAGCUGCGCCUGCCCGAGUCGUGCAUCCUGCGCCGCUCCCUCUCCCGCACCGACCACACCGCCGCCAUCGUCACUCUGCUGCUCCUCCCGCGCUAUCAGCCCACCUUCCCCAGAAGCUUCCUGGCGCAGGUCGACUCACGGAUGAGGCGGCACGAGAUACACCUGGAUGCCAGGCUGUACGGGGAGUACUCGCUUGUGGCCCUCUUUCAGCUGCUGCCGCCCCUUGCGCCUCCCUCCCUGCCCGCGCCGUCGCCACCGCCCGCACAGGCAGGCGGAAACAGUGCAGGGGAGAACAGUGCAGGGGAGAAUGGGAGCGAGCAGCAGGGGAUGAGCGUGAACAUGGUAGUGCUGCUGGUGGUGGGUGCGGUGGCAGUAACUGCAGUGGGCGUGGGUGCCCUGCUCUACUGCACUUGGAUGCCUCGCCGCACCGUUGAUCCAAGUACAAUCCCACGCACGCCCAUCUCUCCCCCUCUCCCACUCCCCGUCCUCACAUGUGCAGCGGAGCCAGAGGUGCUGAUCAAGGGCAAGGGGUCAAGCAGCGACCUGCAGCACCCAAUCCAUCCUGCACAUUCGGAUGAGGAUGGGGAUGCCUAUGCAAAUUGCUGUCUCGCGUCAAGCACAGCUGGAUUCACGGCAGGGGCAGCAGGGGCGUACAGUAAGAUGGGUGCACGCGAUGACGGAGCGGACACAAGGGCAGAGCCUGGAGACGAGUGUGUGCGUGCUGCUGUAUCCGCGGCUGCACUGCCCGCUGCAGGGCUGGGUUGUGGGCGGGGCAGCGAGGGCAACAGCGAUGGGGGAGUUGCAGGGGGCAGCGGAAAGGGAGGAUUGGGUGGGCUGUCCGGGGUGAGGGAGUUCUCCCUCCAAGAAAUGGCUCUCGCCACCAACAACUUCCACGAAUCGUCAGUCCUGAGCGAGGGCGGCUUCGGGCGAGUCUACCGCGACACCAUCCCCCCCCAACCGCACUCCACCUCCUCCUCCCCCCCUGCUGCUCCUAUCGAAGUGGCAAUAAAGAGGAUGGACCGGGGCGGGCGGCAGGGCGACAGGGAGUUCCUAGUGGAGGUGGAAGUUCUGUCACGCUUGCACCACCGCCACUUAGUUAAGCUUCUCGGCUACUGUGUAGCACCGGGCGAGCACAUGCUGUGCUACGAGCUGCUGCCGAACGGCAGUCUGCACUCGUGGCUGCACGGGCCGCACUCCCACCACGCCUUCCUCGACUGGCCCGCGCGGGUCAGCAUAGCAGUGGGCGCGGCGAGGGGGCUGGCGUAUCUACACGAGGGGUCGCAGCCAGCGGUGAUUCACCGCGACUUAAAGCCGUCCAACAUCCUGCUGGAUGCGCGCAUGAGCCCCAAGCUCGCUGACUUUGGGCUCGCCAAGGCGGCGCCGCAGGGGGCGGAUGAGCACGUGUCCACCCGCGUCAUGGGCACCUUUGGGUACGUGGCGCCGGAGUACGCAAUGACGGGGCAUCUGAUGGUGCCCAGCGACGUGUACAGCUUCGGGGUGGUGCUGCUGGAGCUGCUGUCGGGCCGCAAGGCCGUUGACACCUCGAGGCCACUCGGCCAGGAAAGCCUCGUGCUCUGGGCGCGUCCACUGCUCUCAAAGCCCUCCCGCUACCGCCACCUGCUGGACCCGCGCCUGCUCGCCUGCCCUUCACCGCCCCCCCCUGCUGCGCUGCACACUGUCGCCACACUCGCCAAUGCCUGCGUCCACAGCGACCCCGCCGCCCGCCCCUCCAUGAGCACUGUCGUCGAGCUGCUGCGCCGCGCACAACAGACAAGCAACGCCGACCAGAAGCAACCGUCGUUUGCGUCUCUGCUGUCGCUGGAUACACUGUGCAUGGCAUCGCCUUGUGUGCAAGAGCAGGGCGGCUCCCUCAUGCCACCUGAUUCCAACCCCGAUUCCUCCUUGGGACCCCACAGCCCCAGGUCACUCGCAGCAGGAGCAGCAGAGACAGCAGACGAGAUCAAUCUGCUGCCAGCAGUCGGCGCAGCAAUGGGAAUGGCAACCCCUCUGUUGCUAGAAGUAGGAGCAGCCGAAGCAGCAGAAAUAGCGGAACCGGAGCGUGUCCCCUCCCGCCUGCUGGGUCUAAGCUUCCGCCUCGAGCUCACUGUGACUUGGGGAGGAGACAGCACAGAGACACAGGAACAAUGCUGA